AUAUAAGGUCAGCUGAUACUCUCUCCUGGGAUUUGCAGCUAGUAUUUCAUACAGCACUUGAAUGCAGCGGGUUUAAUCUGCUCUAAUCUGGGAAGGGACGUCGCCAGAUGAGCAAUGACAUCUGUGGAUACUCGCGUUACUCUUCAAGUGAAAUAAACGAAUGGCUGUUAUUUUCUGAGACAAAAUGUCUAUAACGACUUGUCAGAAGGUUACUCUGAUAUCGUGCUCUGUUCUCUGUGUUUCUCUCUUCCUGCCCAGAAUGCUUUUACCCAGAGGGAAAAAGGAGAUGGGGCAGCCCGAGGUGGGUCCCGGGUUCCAUCCUCCUGUGCACCAGCUGUCAGUGCCAGCAGAUCCAGACCAGUGGGGCGUGGAUCAUUCGUACUCCAUCGCUCACAGCGUUGAGGCUAUGGCGAAGAUGAAGGUGGUCGGACGGGGCAAAAAAUACAACCUGAUGGCUCAAGUGAUACCCAUAUAUGGCUUCGGGAUCCUUCUGUAUAUCAUUUAUAUCAUCUAUAAGCUGACAUGUAAGGGGAAGACUAAUAAAUCAGCAAGCUACACCACAGCAAGGCAGGCAAACGUGGAGCGAACAAUUAGUAGGUCCCUUCAGCAAUUUGUCUUAAUGGAUAAUUGUUUUGUUUUCUUGGUGCAUUUAACAGUUUUCUUCAUGAUAAAAUUGGAUCUGUUAAUCUCUUCAGGGAAAGAAUUAAAUGAUCACGAACUUGCUCGACUCCAAGAGAGACUUCUGCAAACAGAGAGGAUGAUGGAGAGGAUUGUCUCUGGGAAGGGACACAGCUCUGGCAGGAGGCGGAAGAGCAAAACCACAACAUCAAAGAAGGAGGAGAAACUGCUCAGGCAACUCCGACAGAUCACACAGCUGAUGCAAGAGGGCCGUUUGGAAGGAGCCUCCCCAGAAAUGGAGGCUGAAGAAGUCCCUUACGAUGCAGACUGGGAAGGCUACCCGGAGGAGACCUACCCGGAGUAUGACGAUCGCGAGGACAGACGACCUCGGUUCAAGAUGAUGAGGCUGGAGGAGCCACUCAGUCAGCCCACUGCUGAGGCCUUAGCGGAGAGGAUGGAGCAAGAAGAGGAAGAGGUUAUGGCAAGGAAACUCUCCAUAGUGCAAGAGGAAGAUGAAGAGGAGGAGGAACAGGUGGGCAGAGAAGGAGAGGAGGAGGAGGAGGAGGAGGAGGGGGAGAAGGAGGAGGAGGAGGAUGUUGAAGAGGAGGAAACAGUGGAAGACCUUGAAGAAGUAGCAGAAGAAAUAGCAGUGGAAGAAGAAGAAGAAGUGGAGGAGGAGGAGGAGGAGGAGGAAGAGGCCGAAGCGGAGAAACAGCAGCUGCUGUGUCUGCCUCCGUCGCAGCCCGCUGCUGAGAGGAAGCAGGAGAGACUUGGUUUGGACGUGAGCAGAGAGCUGCAGAGCCGCAGUGCAGCCAAGAAGCAGAUCAGCUUCAGCGACCGCAAAGAUGUCUUCCACUACCCUAAAGAGGGGACUUACGAGGAGGAGGAGGAGGAGGAAGAGAAGGACGAGGAGGAGGACGAAGAAGAUGAGGGCACAGAGGUGGAAGAAGAGGAGGAAGAAGGUGAUGAAGAGGACCCAGUGAUGGAGGCGGAGAGCCUGCAGUUUAGCUGUGAAGGAAGUUCAAACCCAGAAGAGGAAGCAGAAGAGGAUGAGGACGAGUACCCGUUAGCGGCAGAGCCUCUGGAGGAUGAGGCUGUCGUCCAGGCUGAAGUGCACAAAGACGUCGGGGUGAGCGGGCUGAGGAUGCGGAACAGAAGAGAGAAAUGA